CCGGGGGUGGGGUUAUGUGGGGGUGACGUGGCGGCUUCUACUUUGGUCGGAUUUCGGCGGCUACAGCGCUUGGGGAGGAGGCGGUGAGCAUCCGGGGGACUGUGGCAGUGGUGGCGGCGGCAGGCGGCAGAGAGGAGUCCGAGGUUAUGCGUCUCAAUGAUCCCGCGGAAACGCUACGGGUCUAAGAACACGGAUCAGGGUGUCUACCUGGGUCUCUCAAAGACACAGGUCCUGUCCCCUGCAACUGCUGGCAGUAGCAGCAGCGACAUCGCCCCUCUGCCCCCCCCAGUGACCCUGGUCCCUCCCCCUCCCAACACCAUGUCCUGCCGGGAUCGGACCCAGGAGUUCCUGUCUGCCUGCAAGUCCCUGCAGAGCCGUCAGAAUGGAAUCCAGACAAACAAGCCGGCUCUGCGUGCUGUCCGGCAGCGUAGUGAAUUUACCCUCAUGGCCAAGCGCAUUGGGAAAGACCUCAGCAACACAUUUGCCAAGCUGGAGAAGCUGACAAUCUUGGCAAAGCGCAAGUCCCUCUUCGAUGAUAAAGCAGUGGAAAUCGAAGAGCUAACCUACAUCAUCAAACAGGACAUCAAUAGCCUCAACAAACAAAUUGCCCAGCUUCAGGAUUUCGUGAGGGCCAAGGGCAGCCAGAGCGGCCGGCACCUGCAAACCCAUUCCAACACCAUCGUGGUCUCCCUGCAGUCAAAACUGGCCUCAAUGUCCAAUGACUUCAAAUCAGUUUUAGAAGUGAGGACAGAGAACCUGAAGCAGCAGAGGAACCGGCGGGACCAGUUCUCCCGAGCACCCGUGUCAGCCCUGCCUCUGGCCCCCAACCACCUGGGGGGCAGUGCUGUGGUUUUGGGGGCGGAGUCCCGUGCCUCUGGGGAUGUGGCCAUUGACAUGAUGGACUCUCGGACCAGCCAGCAGCUGCAGCUCAUUGAUGAGCAGGAUUCCUACAUCCAGAGCCGGGCAGACACUAUGCAGAACAUCGAAUCCACAAUUGUCGAGCUGGGCUCCAUCUUUCAGCAACUGGCACACAUGGUUAAGGAGCAGGAAGAAACCAUUCAGAGGAUCGACGAGAACGUGCUGGGAGCCCAGCUGGAUGUUGAGGCCGCCCAUUCAGAGAUCCUCAAGUACUUCCAGUCGGUCACCUCGAACCGGUGGCUCAUGGUCAAAAUCUUCCUCAUCCUCAUUGUCUUCUUCAUCAUCUUUGUGGUCUUCCUUGCCUGAACCCUCUCCACUCUGAGGCACUCCGUGGGGGUUUGGAACCCCUUUGGGAGGGCAGGUGGCCAGUGUUGCCACUGAGCCUGUGCAGGGUGCUUGGGAGAAAGGCCCUGUUUCCCUGGAACUGCUGAGAAUGGCCACUGCCCCUGACCCCUAACCCUUUGCCUCUGGCCACCCUGUCCUCCCCUCACCGCCCUCAGGCCCUCGAAACACACACGGUUCUGGAUUUGUACUCUGCUGUGAGGUGGCUGGAAGGGAGCAGAAGCCAACUGGGGGGCAGUGGGGGAGGUUGUCUCCACUAGGUAGGAGAUUUUUAGAAACUCCCCAGCCUUUUCCAAAGGAAACUUUGGCAGCAAGGGGAGAUGAUGCCCUUUCCCACCUUCCUGAGAGUGAGGAGAGGAAGUGAAAUUGCCCCCCCCAGCCCCCCCGGGACCAACUUUCCCAUCUGGGUUAGAAUUUGACCUCUUUCUUCUUCCUCUCUCCACCACAUGAAGCAGGGGGCCCUGAGCCCCUCGGCUGCCUGCACAACCCCAACUUUGGCUGCUGGUGACUCUCAAUCUGCCAAAUGCGCUGCAGCCCAUUUUCUCCCAAUUACAGCAAGACUGUCAGCCUC